ACAAAGUGCGCCAAUCAAAUCAGCUGAUUCGAUUCUUGCGUGCAUGUUCGUAGACUUUGCUCUUUAAUUGAUUCAAUAUUGAAAAACUAUGCGGAUAAUUUCAACAAAAUUUUCCAAUUUCGUUGGCAUUCAUAAUCUGAAAAAACCUAUUAUAAACAAUGAUAAUAAUGUUGAAACAAUUACACAUAUACCAGUGUUGGCCAAAGAAAUCACCAAAAUAUUAUCGCCAAAAGAUGGACAAUUUUUUCUCGACCUGACAUUUGGCGGUGGUGGCCAUACGAAAUAUCUUUUGUCAACGAAUAAAAAAAUCACCAUAUUCACUUUAGAUCGUGAUCAUCAAGCAUUCGAAAGAGCUGUAUUACUGGCAAAAAAGAUCGAACAGAAUAAUUGUGGCCAAAAAAUCGUUCCAUUGUUAGGCCGAUUCAGUCAAAUGAAUGGCCUGUUGCAAAAAAUUGCUAUUCCUUAUCAUUCAUUCGAUGGUGCCAUCAUCGAUCUUGGAGCUUCUUCAUUUCAAUACGAUGAUCCUGUUCGUGGUUUUUCGUUUCGAGAUGGACCACUCGAUAUGCGAAUGGACGGUGAUCGAAAUCCUCAAAUGCCAUCAGCAGCCGAUGUAAUUAAUACAUUAAAUGCUGACGAAUUGGCAAGAAUUUUCAAAGUCUAUGGUGAGGAGAGAAAUGCAAAGAAAAUAGCUCAAACAAUUGUUGAUUCACGUUUUUUAAUGAAACGUAUAAAUACGACACGUGAAUUGGCCGAAAUGGUUCAAUCAAUUGUGACUAAUGCAAAUAUUUCGAGAGAUAAAAUUGGCCGAACCACACAUCCAGCAACAAAAAUAUUUCAGGCACUUCGUAUAUUUGUCAACAAUGAAUUAAACGAAUUGAAUCAUGUUAUACCUGUAUUGAGUAGAUAUUUAAAGAUAUCUAAACCAGAAUCAUACAACGAAGAUGAUGAUAACGGAAUGAUCGCCAAUGAACGUCAUAAUGGAGGUCUACUUGCUAUUAUUGCAUUUCAUUCACUUGAAGACAAGAUAAUUAAAAGUCAUUUUGUAGAUCAAGCUGGUAAUAAUUUAAUGUUGCCACCCAAAAGCGAUGAUUAUAUCAUUCAUCCUAACAAUAAUUAUGCUGAUCAGACAAAACGUUUAAAAAUAUGGAAAUUUUAUCAAAAAAAAUUUCAAGUUCCCACAGAAGAAGAAAUAUUACAAAAUCCACGAGCCAGAUCUGCUAAAUUACGACUAGGAUUACGAAUAAAUCAUUAAAUCUUUUUAUCCUUGAAAUUCUUGUGAACUCUUAUAGAUUGAUAAUCAUUUGUAUAUUCUAAUUGAUCAAGUCACAAGACAGUGUAUAAUAAAUGUUUGAUAACGAAAA